AUGGCCUCAAUCAGAGCUAACUGUCGCAAGAUCGUGUGCAUCGGUCGCAACUACGCCGAUCACAUCACGGAACUGAAUAACACAGCCCCCAAACAGCCCUUCUUCUUUCUCAAGCCCCCAUCCGCUAUUCUUGCUCCUGGCGAUGGCCCCGUUCUCCGCCCCAAGGGGACCAGCCUACACUAUGAGGUCGAACUAGGUUUGGUGAUAGGCAAGACAGUUCGUGAUCUUGACCCAAAUGACGAGAAGGGUGCCCUUGAUGCUAUUGAAAGUUAUAUCCUUUCAAUCGACAUGACGGCUCGCAAUGUCCAAGAUGAAGCCAAAAAGAAGGGUCUACCUUGGUCCAUCGCAAAGGGCUUCGAUACCUUCCUCCCAAUCUCCGAAGUGAUUGCCAAGUCCCGCAUCCCCGACCCCCAUAAUGCCUUCCUACGUCUCCGCAUCAGCCCUGGCGACAUCGAACGUCAAGCUGACUCAACUAGUUUAAUGCUGCACCGUAUCCCGACACAACUUGCUCACAUUUCUCGCGUUAUGACCCUUGAAAAGGGUGAUAUUGUUUUAACUGGUACACCUAAGGGUGUAGGUGAGGUGAAGGCUGGUGAUAUUAUGCGUGCUUCUAUUGAUGUUGAUGGUAAGGAGAUUGAAGAGGGUCGCAUUGAAGUUGAGGUGCAGGAUCGGGAUCAGGGCCGUUAUGAGUUUAGAGAAACUUAA